CCUCAUCAUGCCUUGAAGUGGGAAGACGACGACGCAGAAAAGACAGAGCGCGCCAGCAGUGGCGCUGGUGGGUUUGCACAGUUGUCUCCAGAAGAGGAAGAAGCAGAAAGGGUAAAGGCGGAAGAACUGCGAAAGCAGAGAUUAUGCAUGUAGAGAUACUUCUGAGUCGAGAAAGAUAAAUGCCAUUUUGAGACGAAUGCCAAAAGUUGAUGAAAGAAACCUAGAGGCUUUUCUCACACUCGCACAUGAUCUUGAUGUGCCACAUCAAUCAUCAUCUUGUUCUAAGAACAGCCUUGAUCCAAUUAGGCAACGAAGGUCGUAGAUUUCUCCAG